CGGGAUUCAACCGAUGUAUCCAUGUGAAAGAAAAUGGACCGGGUAACAUAGUGAAGGCUGUAUUUGGAUUAGUUUCACUAUGAAUUUGUUCCUACUGAGGUCAGGUGAGAUGUUCAGGUCUGCUGCCAUUUUGGGCAGAUUUGCAUCACUCUGCCCGAACAGGACUGUCUUCCAGAUACACAGAUCCACAAACCGGUGUUUAUUGCACUGUGUCUGGUCCAGGAGAACAUUACAAGGCUCUACAUUUAACAUCCGAUCUUUCUGUCAACAAGAAACCCGUAUGUUGGAGUGUAAUGACCAGAAACAGUGCCUCAGCCUGCGAGUUCCUGACUUAACAGCCCCGAAAAGCCACGUGGAUCCGAGAACAACUUUCAGCCAGGAGCUCAAAGAGUGCAGGUCGCCUUCAGACGUGUUGGAUUUGGUGGAUCGGUGCAAUGUGGCGCACUGGUGCAUCAGUAACAGCUUGACCCGGAUGUGGCAAACUACCAAGAAGAUGGCAGAUGAGCAAAGGCACUGGGAGGUCCGGCUCAUGACCGAGCAUCCGACUUUUGAAAAGCUGUGCCACGGUGCCAGGAUGAACGCGCCACGCAUGAAUAGCCACAACCUGUCGUUCACUCUGCUGGCUUUGGUCAAGCUCGGGGUCUCUCAGAACAGCCACGUGGUGCAGACUAUACUCCGGGUCAUCCAGGAACGUCUGAACGAGUUUGAUAACGAGAAGGCUCUCUCCAUACUGUCCGCCUGCCUCGCCAAGAUGGAAAGCAGUAAAAAUGCAGACGCUCUUAAACAGGGAUUGAAGUUUAUCCUGGAGGAACGGAUUCCUGGCAUCCAGAGCGUGAUGCUUCUACACACCACCAUGCGCCUAUUCGGAAAAGACACCUCACCAGACAUAAAGCAGAAGCUGGAGAGGAAGGCGCUGUCUAUGGUGGAUCAGUUCUCUCUGAUGAACGUGCAGUACAUGAUGGACACAUUGGCCAGCAUCUGCCUGAAUUCCAAACCUCUGCUGGACAUCUGUGGAAAGAAGAUAGCUGAGAAUGUGCACAGCAUUUCCUUCACCAGGCUGGUAACGAUGUUGAAGUCAUGCAGUGAGCUCCGCUACAGGAACGUACAUCUCUUUACGUCCAUCUCCGAAUACCUGGCCGGUACAUUUCCCAUGUGGAGCAACAAGCAGAUGCUGCUGUUACUGUUGGAGUUUAAGAGGCUUCGAUUUCGUCCUGUCGCUCUGAUGGAUGCGUUUGCUGAAAGAGUUAUCCAGAAACCGGACAGCCUCACGCUCCGGGACCUGCAGGGUGUUCUGAAGUCCUACUCCUUCCUCAACCACCAUCUGAGGGAAAACCAGCAGGCAUUUCUGGAGAGCGUGACGCACGUCCUGCAGUCCUACCUGCCCAAGAUGUCCAACAUUGACCUUCUGAAAGCCGUCAGCUGCCUUUGCGUUUUCGGACACUUCCCUCAGGCUGCUCUGGAGAAGCUGCUCCGAAACGAGGUUCUGGAUGAACUGCUAAAGGAAGAAAAUCCAUUUUACACGCGUCAGGAACGACUGCUGCGGACGUUGGACCUGUGUUUACGGCUGGACCGACACGCCCUCCCUCCUUCCGUCUCCUCCAUCCCGAAGCUCCGCCCCUCGCCUCCUCAGAGUCGCCCCGUGAACCCCGCGCUGCUCAGCGCUCUGAGGAACCUGCUCGGGGAGGACGCGGUGACGGACUCGGUCGUUGUAGAAGGACACUACUUCAUUGACUGCGUGGCCACACUGCCUCCAAAAACAGAACAGGAUCAAACUGUGAGAGUCGCGUUGCUGUGUGUCUCCCCGACCUCGUUCUGCUUCGGUACGACCCAUCCUAUCGGUGCCGUGGCGCUGAACGUCCGUCAUCUCAAGCUCCUGGGUUAUGAACCUGUCCUGGUUCCGAUGCAGGAGCUCGUCUCUCAGACCCCUGAGGAGAGGACGGACCUGCUGAAGAAAUUAGUUUUUCCCCAACAAGAACAAGAAUGUCUCCAGGACUCUGUGAAGUGAAGUAAUAAGAAAAAGUGUCUAUUUGAGGAAUGUUUUUUCUAGAGUCGCUGCUCUCAGGAUGGAUGUAUUUUUCUGUGUCUGUUUAUUUUUAUUUUUUUUCACUUGAUUGAUUUUCACAUGUUCUCGUAUUCUCCCCGUGAUCUCAUGUCACGCCGACCCGAGCUGCCAGGUGGAAAUAAAUCUCUGUAAGUUGCUUUGAACUGCCC